AUGCCACCUUCUGAGGGCCGUAAGAAACUUGGCACAGCUCCAAAUCAGUUUGUUUUGGAAGCUCGUAAGAUUAGCGAACAAGAUUUCAAUGAUGUUUUCGAAAAUGUUGUUGAGGUGGCAAUGUGCGUUGAGGUUCAUAAUACGCUUUUUAGACGCGUACGCUUUCCAAAUGUACUUCGUUGGCAGAGCUGCGAUACAGGUCCUGCUCUAUCUAUCGUUGGCAAUCCACUACUAAUACAAGUGGAACUGAAUAAGGAUGUGCGUUUUAUCGAAGGUAGAGGAAGUCAGGAGUCUCCUAUUGUAAUUCGGGGUAAUCGCAAGUUUAAACGAGAAAAUGUCGACAAACUUAUGGAGAUUCUCAAGCCUUACAAUGUGAGAAGACCACAAGACGGAGGUCAGCUAAAGCUUAGCUUAUUUUCCUACGCUGCGUACAAAAAAAAGGUGCAUUCUUGGAAUCAAUCGCUCGCUUUUUUCUCUAAACUAUUCAACAGCGCACUACUAACAGCACUCUCGUAAUU